AUGUCGGACGAGGGCGAGCCGUUAAUCAUAGCCCCAAAGGGCGAUCUCGUCCUCGAUGUUGCACAGGAAGAGGAUAGCCAGCGGUUUUCGUACCGCGUAGACUCGAAGACGUUGCAACAGAACUCACGGUACUUCGAGAAUCUGUUGAGUGACCGCUUCAGCGAGGGACAGCGACUGUCAGCGGCUCUUGAGGCUCUGAAACUCAGUGAACACUCAAAUAUUGCAGAUGCUACCAUAGACGUGCUACCCCAUAUAUCAAUCGUCAACGUCGGCAGAGUGGCGCUUUUGAAGGCGUCCUCGGUCGAAAACCUAGUCGCAGAUUUCCUUCGCUCAAUACACGGAUUCGACCUCGCCGUGAUAAACCCUCCCGUCGCCAAUCUUGCCAACCUCGCCGUUGUUGCCGACCGGUUCGAUGCUGUCGCAUGCGUUUCGAAGUACGUGGAGCGGAGAAAAUACCUACAAGUUGUCGAUGCGAAGUCGAAAGGCAGACCAAGUCCGACCUUGACGGAGGAAAGAGUGCGACAAAAGCUGCUGAUCGGGCUACUGUUCGACCACCCGCCCUGGGUCACAAAAUACGCCAAGCACAUGAUCAUGCGAGAUUCAGUACAAUGGCGGCCUGGCGUAGAGGAGAAUCAUACACAAGCUCUGUGGUGGGACAUACCGAAUGGAGUCGAAGAUGAAAUGAUCCAGCGACGCGAGUACAUUUUGGAGACGAUCAACUCUCUCCAGGCGCAUUUCCUCAAGCUGUAUACCUCUGGAGAACGGCAGUGUAAGCUGGGGUACGACACAUCACUACAAUGUGACAGCUUCCAGCUUGGAGAAAUGGUGCGGUUCUUCCACAAGAUCGACACGGUGCGAUUACAGGGUAAAAUCUAUGACAACACGGAGCCUACGUACUACCUGGGGGAUAUCGAUCGGUUACUUAUGUCAUUGCGGCAAUGUUCAAACUACCAAGUCGACGCCAACCACUCCCACUGUGGUCUACGGUCACGACUUCUCCCACUAGUUGACCUCAUACAGAACCAGCUCAGUCUCGACAAUGGCAGCCUUGACAUUGGUAUUUGCGCCGAUUGCUGGAACCAUCAUCGCUCAGAGUAUGCCUGGUCACUAGCUAAGAGACCGGUCUUGUGGACCCAUCCUCGGUCCUUGACGGGCAAUCGCACGCUUGCCAAUGGCUUCUCACGGAAGGGCCAUCAGCGGACGCCAAGUAGCUGCCUCAGCAAGCAUGUUGCGGUGAGGGAUCUGUUCAUGGCUGUCGAAAGGCACUGGACGGCUAGGGACGUCUUUUAG